AUGGGCUGCAACGAAUCGGCAAUGACAGUUAAUUCCUCCUUUACCAAACUUGGUUUGGAGCAUGAGAGAAAAGGUGAAUACACGCAAGCACUUUCAUAUUACGAGCAAGAUCUCGAAAUCAAAUUGAAAACUCUUCAUACUGAUCAUCCGGAUUUGGCUAUCUGCUGCAACAAUAUCGCAGGAGUGUAUGAUAGCAUGGGAGAGUACUCGAAAGCUCUUGUAUUCUACGAAAAAUCACUGGAUAUCAAAGAAAAAAUUCUUCCACCGAAUCAUGAAGAAUUAGCCAGUUGUUACAAUAACACGGCCGGGGUUUAUGAUAACUUAGGCGAAUACUCAAAAGCACUUUUAUUUUAUGAAAAAUCGCAUGGCAUCUUCCAAAAAACUCUUGCGCCAGACCAUCCCAACUUGGCUACUUACUACAACAAUGUAGGUUUGGUGUAUAGAAAUAUGGGUGACUACUCGAAAGCACUGGAAUUCUACGAAAAGGAUUUAGAGAUCAACCAGAAAAAUCUACCUCGAGACAAUCCCUCUUUGGCUACAUCUUAUAAUAACAUCGGUUCUCUAUAUUGUAAUAUGGGCGAAUAUGCAAAAGCACUUAAAUAUCAUGAAAAAGGAGUUAGUAUCAAAGAAAAAAUCCUUGCUCCGAAUGAUCCCUCCUUGGGUAAUUCUUACAAUAACAUUGGGCUAGUGUAUGAUAAGAUGGGUGAAUACUCGAAAGCACUGGAAUUCUAUGAAAAAUCACUUCAUAUCAAAGAAAAGACUGUCUCUCCAAAGCAUCCAUCGUGGGGUGCAUCCUACAAUAAUAUUGGUUCAGCACAUUAUCAUAUGGGUGAUUAUUCGAAAGCACUUGCAUUUUACGACAAAUCCAUCGAUAUCAGUGAAAAAACUCUUCCUCCUAAUCAUCUCGAUUUAGCUACUUCGUACAAUAAUAUCGGGUCAGUGUACGAUAAGAUGGGCGAGUAUUCAACAGCACUUUCAUUCUAUAGAAGAUCACUUGAAAUAUUCGAAAAAUCUGUCCCUGAAGUUCAUCCAUGUGUUCUUGAAUUAAAGAAAAAUAUCGAACUUGUGAAGAGAAAAUUGUAG